CCUCGUGUUUUCCACGAUAGUUCACGCUUGCAUAACGAAUAGCUUGUCGUGUGGUUUCAUUUCGCUUUCUUUUUAUGUUUAUUUUUGGAAUAUUGCCAUGUCUUGGGAAUAUCUCUCUGCCAGUGAUUAAAUUAACGAGUAUAAUUUGAAAAGAAUUCUCUGGGCAAGGGUUGACAAAAAAAAUUAGGUUGACAAUUCGGUAGUUCAGUGUCAGGGUGUGCUCCCUCAAUCGGUGACUUUAAAAGAUUGAUAUCUGUACAUUUUGCCUGUCGAUAAAUAUUUGUACUUUAUGAAAAGAAUUUCUUUUUCCUAAAUGGAUAGCAUGAAUUUAGAGGUUAAUUGACACAGGGUAUACCUUUGUUAGCAAUGAUCCUACGAGUCAACUCUUUGAUUGAUUCAUCGGCAGUGGAUUUUAAUACAAUACAAACGUUUUCGACCCGUUCUGGUCUCUUUUAAUAAUUUCAUAAUAAAACGAAGACCUGGAAAGAUUAAAGAUGAAGAGGCUUGGAAUGACUACAUUUAAGUUAAUUUUCGAACAAUCCACAAGUCGAAGUCGAUGAUAUUUAAAAGUCACUGUGAUUUAACGAUUGUGUGAUACGAGUGACAGUGACUUAAUUUCCAAGUGUCUUCUGUCGUGUCAGAUCGACGAACCUACAGACAAGAUAUUUCGAAGGAUACUCUAUUGUGUAAUAAUAUAAUUACAUUGUGCAGUUAAGGAUGCUUUAAUAUACAAUGUUAUUUGGAGAAACCUGACAUUUCGAAUAAAAAUAAAAAACAGAGUAGUCUCAACAUCGACGACAGUGUUCGACGAAUACACUUAACGCUAAGCAAACAGAAAUCAAGAAACUCGAAUCUACGGUUUCUUGGAUUACAGAGUCACGAAGAGCUAAGAAAUCACGCGAUCUGUUCUCGCUGAUCAUUCAAGUCACCCCCAAAAGGAUCCUUGAAACUUUAUCAGCUUGGUCCUUCAGCCUCGAAUAAAAUUGCUAAUACACUCGCGCAGAUCGAGACUCGGAGGUGGCAAAACGAUGCGUCAAGAUCCCCCGCGUCGACUGUAACCGGAAGUGGUGAGAAAACAAACGAGAAAUCGAGGACAACAUGAAGUCGUCCGACGCUUAGCCGCCGGUUUUCAUCUCGAAGACGAUGUAUUUUACGCGAUGAGGUGUGCGAACACUCGUGUGAGAACUUGAUUCGGCGGGGCUGCGUUCGAGACGAGUGGACGACAGUGCUGAGACGCUUUUGUGGACGACAUGUCCGCGGAAGGAGACAAGGAGGAAUGGGGAACAACCGAACCGAACCGAACCAACCUGGACGAACAGUGCUGCGGGAAUCGAACCGAGGAUCUCCUUCCGGAUUUCAACGCCACCCUGCUCGACGUAAACGCGACGCCGACGGCCGAGAUCGACUCGUUCUACUUUUACGAGACAGAACAAUUCACGGUUCUGUGGCUGCUGUUCGCCAUGAUUGUCGUGGGUAAUGUCGCGGUGCUGAUUGGCCUCUUAUGGGGUAAACGACGGAAAACGCGGAUGGACUUUUUCAUCAAGCAACUGGCGCUCGCAGAUUUAUUGGUCGGCUUGAUAUCCGUCCUUACGGAUAUAAUUUGGAGAGCGACGGUGACCUGGCACGCGGGCAACAUCGCCUGCAAACUGAUAAGGUUCAUGCAAACCGUUGUCACGUAUAGCUCCACGUACGUGCUCGUCGCACUGUCAAUCGACAGAUACGACGCCAUCACGCGACCCAUGAACUUCACUGGCAGAUGGUGGAGAGCCAGAGCGUUGGUGGUAGCCGCCUGGAGUCUGUCGGCGCUGUUCAGUCUCCCGAUCAUUUUCCUCUACGAGGAGAGAGCCAUACAGGGGAAGACUCAAUGUUGGAUAGAACUGGGCUCCCCGACGCUGUGGAAGAUCUACAUGAGCCUGGUCAGCGUUACCAUCUUUAUAGCUCCUGCGCUGAUAAUAGGAGGGUGUUAUGCUGUGAUCGUAGCUACUAUAUGGUCGCAAGGAGGAGCGUUACGUCAGGGGCCCACCAGGGACACCAGAAGAGCGUCCUCCAGAGGACUUAUUCCCCGAGCGAAAGUCAAGACGGUCAAGAUGACCCUCGUCAUAGUGUUCGUAUUCAUCCUCUGCUGGAGCCCGUACAUACUGUUCGACCUCCUUCAGGUUUACGGGUACGUGCCGAGAACGCAGACCAACAUCGCCGUGGCUACCUUCAUCCAGAGCUUAACGCCCUUGAACUCCGCUGCCAAUCCGAUCAUAUACUGUCUCUUCAGCACGUCGUUCUGUAAAACUGUGCGGAACAUGCAGGCGAUCGCGUGGGUUUCCGGAUGGUGCGCAACGAAUCCUCAUCACUGCUUCGGCACCGGUGGUCCAAACAGUAGCACCAGGACGACAGUGACGACAUCGUUGACUGCUCACUCCUCGCGGAGAAGCGCCCACAUCGCGAUGCUGCACUCCACCGCCAGGAAACGCGUCAUGGUAUCUCUGGUAUAAAAGGUGGACAAUCUACACGGCGCUCUGGCAUCUGGGACACCGUCCUCGGAUCGACGUACAACUCUCCUGCCGAACGGCUCCUCGGGAGACCGCAAGUAUUACGCGCCUCCGAGAUUACGUUCCUUCGAUUGAUAGCUCGUGGUAACGCGAGAUUCCCGAUUACCGGCUCGCUUUUUUAUAUCGAAACCUGAAAAUAUUACGAGGAUACGUCCAGAUCUGCGACCGGUUCUCUACUCCCUCCUCCUCGAAAAGGAGUAGCUGGUUCCGACCCCAUUCGUUGUAUUUUGUACAUUAUUCGCUCUGCAUAAAGUGUGUUAAGAUAGCUUCGAACAAAGAAACAGUAACAUAUUGCUCCAGAAACACUUUAUCGACGUAAAAUAAUGCACGUAACGCGCACAAGUGGGGUGUAAAUAUGGAUUUCACGUCUCCGUCCGAAAAUACCCCGAUAUGGAAAAUUCGACCCAGUUGCGAGGGAUGUCUCGACGUUUCGUCGCAGAAAUUGUACCGAAGAUUUCAAGGAAUACGAGCGGGAGGGGAGGGGGGACAAUGUUGAAACGUGAAGCGCGAUCCGCGCGGCGUGACAGGCAUCAAGGAACAUAACUCGCGAGACGUCGAUCGAACGUGUGAAUGAAACCAGUUUCGUUUUUGUAUUCCCGCAUUUAUGUGAUCAGUAUUCUAGGUCUGAUCGUGAGUCUCGAGUAUCUUUCAUCUUCUGUCGCGUCCAGUUCGAUAUUCUAAUUCGACUCGAACGUUGCAGUUUUGUCAGAGAAUCGACGGCAUCGUGGGACGAAAGGAAGGGAGAUAGCGAAACGAACAGACACACGAUUCCGUCGAGUCAAUUCCCUGGCGAAGCAGUGCAUUAGACGUUUAUAAAAAUUCAGAAGGAUGAAAGGUGCAUUAGCGCGGUGAUCGAUCAGCCUACGUGGAAAAUGAUACGCUCAAAGUAUACAUGUACAUAUAUACAUAGCGAAUGAACGGCAGCUUGGUGUAUAUACUUACGUAUAACCAUAAAUGUGUAAUAUAUUAAUGUAUUCCAUCCGUUGCGAUCGUCGCGAAUUAGUUCGUCCACGGGUGCGCGAUCGACGGAAUGAUGAAUCGAUACUGACGCUGGAAUUAACGAUGGGAUCCAACUCUCGAUUAGCGUCCAGUAAAACCCGUGAAAAUUCGUUCAAAGGCGAUUCGGAAUUAUCGAUUAUUUGCUGCUCGAGCUUUCAACUUUUGUACCGGUACUAGAAACCGAAAUGAAAUUCUCUAAAACAGAAACCAGCGCACGUAUGCAGUAAGGUGUAACAGGUGCGAGUACUCAACGAAAUUCCUGGGAACGCGAUGGUAGAAGUUUGCAUAAUCGUUUAGACCGCGAUAGACAAAGCUGUAUUCGUAACUCGUCUAUUUAUUAUUUAUUGUACUCUGUUAAGGGGGAACGACCUAUGGGAAGAAACGACGCGACGCCACGUCGCGCCACGAUAUUUGUAUUUUCAUUGGUAAGAUAUAUAAUUUGUACAUAUUGUCGAAUAAACUCGUCCACAAUGCA